AUGAGCUCGUGGAUCCCAUCGUACGAAGCUACCGUGAACCUGCUCCGCAAGUCGAUGGCUGACGUGGGCGAGGGCGACGUGGGCGAGAGCGAUGCGCAGCAGGCGUGCGCUGGUGUGGAAAUGCCUGGCGCCAAGCGUCCGACCCGCGACGACGUCCUCGCCGCCUUGCACGCAGUCACCGACAACCCGCCGCUGUCGCACCAGCGCAUUGGCGUCGCCAUCAAGUGCAUGAGCGACCACUUGUCGUUCGAUCGCCUCAGCCGCGUCGACACGGCCUUGGUCGACGUCCUCGUGGCGACCGGUCGCUUUGAUGUCGUGCUCGUCAACUUCAACAUCGAAGCGUGCUACUCGACCAACGUCUUGCGCGCGCUCUUUCACCCCGCGUGCGCAGUCCCGCCCAUCGUCACCUCGCGCUUCCCGCACGAAACGAGCGCCUUGUACACGUUUGUCGACGAGAAUACCCCACUGUCUUGCGAGAUCGUCUUUUGGCCCAAGCCCUUUCGCGCAAGCUUUCUCGCGCUCGACGCUGUGCUGUCGCUCACCCAUGCGGCGGUGUGUCACGGUGACGGCGACACUCUCGGCCUCAGCCUCCAUGGUCUGUGUUUCGGCGCCAUCGGCGCUUUUGUGGAACAAGGGUCCGCUCGCAACAUGGUCGGUAUCCAGGACAUUGUGGUCCAGAGCCAUGACGUGUCUCUUGCUGAGCUUUUUUUGCGCGAAGCGAUGCCGGUAUGGCGUGACUUUGACAGUGGCGUCCUGGCCACGUGCACCGCGGCCUGCUUGGUCGCAUAUGGCAUCGCGGCGCUUCUGCCCUCAACGCAAAUCCAUUUCACGCUCUGGCUGCGCGCUCGUGGCCCGAGCGACUUGUGUCGACUGCUCACGAGUCUGGCGGGUCUCACGACCGGCGAUGACGUUCUGUGCCCACGCCUGCGUUCGCGGUUCCUAUGGGAGCUCGUCAAGAUGGGCUGGGACGUGCUGCGCACCCACUCGCCCUAUUCUCAGCACAUCGAUUUGACGAUGCAGCACUAG